UUCACUAGCGACGCUGAGUAUGUCGGAGUCAUUGGCGGCGAUGAUGAUGUUGUCAAUAUGAACGGGCAAGCAUACCAUUUUGGCAAAAGCGACAGCGGCGGCGGUUUCGAUGUUGAUAUGCUCACCAACAUUAAUGAUGACGCCACGGUAGAUAAUGUCUACAAUAUUGCCGCAGAGUUGGCCAAUGCCGGCAGUGUUGUUGAUGGUAGUCGCCAUAUCGGCAUUAACGACGAGGAGGCUGCAGCCGCUGAAGUCGAGGCUGAAGAUGAAGACAACAAUGCCGACAAUGAUAUUUUAAUGCUGCUCAAUGGUGAACAAGAUGUCAUGAAAUUCCUUAGUUGGGCCAUGCAACAACUCUAUACAUAUCAGCAUUUGGCCCAGCUCAGCAAUGGUAGCGGGCGCGCUGAGUCCUACCACCCAGGCAUGUUCAAUUGGAAGAAGUUGAAUUUAUCGGGACACCUCGAACCACCUUUGUCAGUGGAGGAGCCGCAGUAUGUGAUUGUACGACGUGAGCAGUUGGAUGAAGAUCUAACAAGCGGAUACCUUACCGAAGACCCAAAGCCGUUACGUAAAGGCCUACACUUCCAAAAUAUUUUCAAUUUCAAUCACGCCCCUCAAUACAAAGACGAUCCAUUCAUACCGCCUCGCGGCCGUAAACACAAUUUGCCCGAUCUGGACGCCUUGUUGAAUCGUUACGAAACAUUUGUGCCGAAUCGCGGCAAACGCGACAAAAUCAAAGACAUUUUCAAGUAUGACGAUCUAUUCUUUCCGAAUCGUGGCAAAAAACAGAAGCCGCCAAAGGCCGUCGCCACUACGCCGCAACGGGCAUUCAACGAGGAGGCGAUUGGUUUGAAUAGCGUUGAUAGCGCUAUUGAUGACGCGGAAGGGGAAAAAGGCAAGCAGCUGUUAGACAAUCACGUUGAUGGCAACGAUGACAGCAACUUGACAGCGCCGCCUGUUACAAAUGCAAUGCGUCGCGUGUUGGGCGAACUGGAUAAACGUUUGAGGUGGAGGCAGAGUAGGAAUUGCUCGACAUUGGUAAAUGUGUACGGUGGAGCGCGGGAAGAUUGUGACAAUGAGGAUGAUGACGAUGUCGAUGAUGCCGUUGAUACAUUAAGAAUUGGAAUUGAUAAAAACAGUGAUGACAACAGCAACAAUUAUAGCGACACAAUUGACAGCAAUGUUGUAAUGUCCGAUGACGGCGCUGGCAGCGGUGAAGGAGUGGCCGAAGCGAUCGCCAUUGUUGCCGCACUAAAUGAGAACGAUCACUCUCCAGUCAAGUCGUCAUUGCUACAAAUAGAUACUCGCGAUGCAAUGUCCGAUGUAGUGAUGACAACCAAGCGUCCGACGGUGGGAUGGCGCGGCACAAACAUGUACUCACGCUUGAGACGCGUGCCGAGCUCGUACGGCGGCGCUACACGAAUAGCUGCAAAUCGUUUGCGUUCAUUGUUAUCAUCGGCGGCACAGUCAGUGCAGCGGCAACAGAUGAACCGGGCAACAAAUCAGCAGCAGCAACAACAACAAACGUCAAUGAAAGCCACACCGCGCUACCACGGUCGCCAAUUGCGACAAGAACAAGUGCAACAAGAACAACACCACCAACAACAACGGCUACAAUUACAAAAAAAGCAAGCGCAACGUCGCGCUAGCUGGCUAAUGGCAUUGCCAUCAAAUCAGGUGCGAGUAAACACUAACGAUUUGGAAGCUUUGACAUGGCGACAGUUGCAACGAAAACCUCAGCAACAACAACAAAAACAACUUGAUAACAAUAAGCCGCUGACAGUGCAACAUCCGGCUUUGGCAUGGUUGCAACACUUACCAGUGCAAAAAACUGAGUCACAACAGCAAAUACAACAUGGUUUAUUCGGUAGCAGUGGUGUUGUUAAUGGUGCCGCCGCUGAGCGCAAGCCUCUCGAGUCCACAGAUCACAUAUACUUCAAUAUUUAAAGUUUAAUGUUGCCGUUGUUGGCUCCAUUGUUUUUACUAAUGGUCCUUGUUGUCAUUGCCACAAUCGACAAGUAUUGCGGAAAGCAUGAUUGGAAUUAAAGAAUUUUAGAAGAAACAAAAACGCGAUAAUAAACUCGACUCGAAUAGGAAUGCUUGAGUAGUUAUAGAAACGAAUGCAAGAAAUUAAUUAAUUUCCAAAAAAUAAAAAAUAAAAAGA